UUUCGAUCUUGUUUCGCAUACCUUAUGGAAAAAGGCAAAAGAACAUUAUUUCCAGAAUGGCUGAGGAGUAAUGGCACUGUUGGCAAUUCAGCUCACCACGGUUCUUCCCCUUCUUCUAACUCAGAUGUUUCUUCUUUGGUGCAUCAUGGGAGACAUAGGAACUCUAGGAAAGUAAAUGAUUUUGAUUCCUCUCGUUCGACAUUUUUCGACCGGACACAUACGUUGAAUUCAGGGAGAAGUUCUAGUAAUGUUUCUGGGAAGCAUGCUUAUAGUAGCUUUAGUAGGAAUCACCGUGAUAAGGAUCGAGAAAGGGAUAAAGAGAGAAUGAGCUUUGGGGACCAUUGGGACUGUGAUUCUUUUGACCCUUUAGAAAGUAUGUUAACUAGUAGGUUCGAGAAAGAUACAUUACGGCGUUCUCAUUCUAUGGUUUAUAGGAAACAGGGUGAACCUUUGCCUCGAAGGACUGCUGUGAACUCUGGAGAUAAUGGUAACAGUAAUCAGAACAUUGCCAAUGGUUUUCAUUCUGGGGGUAAUAUUGGGAGUAGCAUCCACAAGGCUGAGUUUGAGAAUGAUUUUCCAUCACUUGGAACUGAAGAGAGGCAAGGGGUGUCUGAGAUUGCUAGAGUUUCUUCUCCUGUUUUCGGCUCAGCUUCUCAAAGUGUGCCUGUUGGUAAUUCAGCUUUGAUUGAUGGAGAAGGAUGGACCUCGGCUUUGGCAGAUGCGCCGAGUGUGGUUGGAAGUAGUAGCACAGGUUCCUCACCUGCCCCUCAAACUGUUUCCACCACAAGUUCUGGGGCUCCAAGUGUCACAUUUGGUCUUAAUAUGGCUGAAGCACUAGCACAAACGCCUUCACGAACCUCGACUGCUCCCCUGGUUUUAAAUUCAACUGAUAAAUCAAAAGUCAAACCUGCAACCAGAACAAGUGAGAUGAACAUAGCUGUCAAGAGUGGAUCACAAACGUCACCUUUGAUUUAUCAAGGUAAUCACUCUCCGCAUAAUGGACAUGUUAAGUCCGAUCCAAAGACAUCUGGGAAGCUUUUGGUUCUCAAACCUGGAAGGGAUAAUGGGGUCUCAUCUCCUACUCAAAAAGAUAUUUCUAGUUCAACAAAAGUCGCUAACAACAGAGAUAUAACUAGCCAACAUGCUGUUGCUCCUGUUAAUUCUGUUUCUGCAAGAAACACAAAUGUCCCGAAGCUUUCUGCUGGGGAAUAUAAGGCAGCUGCCAUUAGUGCAAUAACUGGGUUUACUGUGGAAAAGAGACAUUCUUUGGCCCAAACUCAGAGCCGAAAUGAUUUUUUUAAUCUCCUGAAGAAGAAGAAGAAGACUUCAACAAACAUUUCUGGUGCUCUCUCCAAUUCAGAUUCUCAAAUUUCAUCAUCCGUUAUGGAGAAAUCUGAAGUUACUAAGGAAGUAAUUGGUGCUUCUGUGAUUGCUUAUACUGAUGAUGGUACUGCAACAACUAGCAACGGUGACACUUGUUCUGGUGACAAGAAAAAGGAAAUGAGCACCAUUGAUAUGCCUUAUCCCAAUGAGGAAGAGGCCGCAUUCCUUUGUUCUCUUGGGUGGGAAGAAGGCACUGGUGAGGAUGAGGGCCUUACGGAAGAUGAGAUCAAUGCUUUUUAUCAGAAGCAUAUGAAAAUAAGGCCAUCUCUGAAAAUAUUCCGUGGCAUGCAACCAAUGCUAUUGCAGUCUGUUGCAAAUAAUUUGGAUGGAGUUUCUUCUGAAUCAAGCUUAUCCGACUCCGCCUCUGAAGCUUGAGUUUUCUUUCUUUCGUACAUAGUCAAUCCAUGAGUUCCAAUCUUUUAUUUAUAGAUUACUUCUUUCUUUGCCUCACUUUAUCCCCUUUUUUAUGUUUUCUGCUAGGAAAAAAAAGCUGCAGAGUUAGGUAUUUUGGCGGUUUUAGGUUUUAGUUUGACAGUGCAUUUAGCAAAUGUUGCAAUAAGGGGCGUCCUACGUUGUUGACAGAAGUCUGAAGGCUUCCAUGGUGGGUUUUAGGGUAAGGAUGGGUUAAUUUUUUUUUUGUGAGCACCGGAAGCGAUGAUGCAUUUCCAAGAGGGUUCAUAGAAAUAGUUUAUUUGUAUUUCGAGUUAAUUUUUUAUGAAAGAAAAAUGGAA